CCGCAAUGCCACAGUUCAAGCUGGAAACGUCAGCACUCUAAAUAGAUGUGUUUUAUGAGAAUUGGAAGGGAAGUCGCAUCUCGACCUCGUAUACUAAGCAGUGUCCGCUAUCCUCUAAUUUUGUACCGAAACAUAAAUCUUAGCGCCACUUGUGACAUACAAACAAUUGACAAAAAUGUCAUCUGAACCAGUAUUAAAUCCUCCAAUUCCAUGUGUGGAAGCUGUUCAAGGUGGUCUGGUACCUGGAAAAAUGGUAAAAAUUCAAGGGAAAGUUCCUUCGAAUGCAGUACGUUUUGCUGUCAAUUAUCAGCUGGGGCCUACAUUAAAUCCAAGAGAUGAUAUUGCGAUCCAUGUUUCGCCUCGCUUUACGGAAGGCUUUGUUACUAGAAAUCAUAUAGAAUCGAUGAAUUGGGGUAUCGAAGAGAACGAGGGGCCCAUGUGGAUUCAACCUGGACAAGAAUUUGAGAUAUUUCUUUUGUGCGAUCAUACGUCUUAUAAGAUUGCCAUAAAUGGCAGACACUUUACAGAGUUUGCUCACCGAUUGCCUUAUGAGAAAGUUACACAUUUGGUUAUCGACGGAGAUGUAGAAGUAAAUUCUAUUUCAUAUGAAAAUGUUCCUGUCGACCCACCACGUUCUCCUAGAGCUGCACCUCCACCAGAUGUACCAGCAGCUAACUUUGGACCACCCCCACCAGGUGGAUUGUAUCCAACGAUAGGCUCGCAAACGCCGCAAGGUGGAUAUGGUCCACCUCCUCUAGCUGGUUAUGGUCCCCCACCAGCUGGUUAUGGUCCCCCACCAAAUUCAUUUGGAGGACAAGGUUAUAAUCCCCCAAACAUGUACGGAUACCAACCUGGAUAUGAAAAACCCGAAGAAGAAAGUACAUUCAGUGCCUGUUUAGAUAAAGUUGGUCUAGCAUUAGGAGGAUUAGUUGCUGCGGGAGGCAUAGCUACUGCUGCGCACGCACUGACUAAAAAAAAAGAGGAUGAAAGUGAAAAAGAUCAUGAAAAAUCAGACGCUUCUAAGACAAAAACGGAAAGCGAGGGAGGUUUAGGAAACCUUGGAUCUCUUGGUGCAGCUUUAGCAAGCAGCUUAGUGACCAAUGCUUUGCAAAACAACACGCAUGCGCAACAAGGCUAUCCUCAAGAAUCAAGUGGUGGCGUCUUAGGCUCUAUCCUUGGAGCAUUAGGUGGUAAUAAUGCGGCGCCGGCACAACCACAAAGUCAGCCAACUGAUCCACUAGCAGGAACCCUAGGAUCCAUCAUUGGUGGUGUUUUCGGAGGUGGUGGAAAUCAACAACCAGGAUAUCAACCUUCAGGAGGUUAUGGAAAUUAUCAACCUUCUGGUGGUUAUUCUAACCAGCAGUCAAGCUCAGGUUCGGAUCUUUUAUCUGGAAUAGGUUCUGCAAUUGGAUCUUCUCUGUUCAGCUCUGCUUUGGAUGGUCUAAGCAAACAUGGUAAAGAUAAAUCCCGUGGAGAAAACCAUCCAGCACCUCCACCAACUUAUGCGCCAAGUACUCCACCAUAUACACAACCUGUUCCACCUGCUGAUAGUCCUACUUCAGGACAUAAAUUAACUGCAGAUGAAAUUUCAAAAGGCCUAGGUUUGGACGAUUAAUGUAAGUUGAAGUUAAAACCCAUAUAGAAAAAAGAUAUACAGAGAAGAAAUAUUUUAUGCUCUUGCAUAGUCAUAUAAUUUAAAAUGCAUUGCAUUAUCGCAAACAUGACAAAAGAAGUUAAAUAUUUUUAACGUAAAAGGCAGCUAAUUUAAUUACUACAAAAUAUUGCUUGUAAAUAUUUAACUUGUACAAGCGUACAACCCACUUCAUUGUGAUGAGAUUAUAUAAUUUCUGAAAUUAAGAAAAAUAUUUAUUUAGAGAAAAUGUACGACUAAUUUAAUUUCGAGCAUAGAAUAUUUGAAUAGAUAAAGUACAGAAGGAUGGAACAAAUUGCCUGAAUCUCAUACCACGCAAAUUGAUAUUUUGUAUAUAAAUUAUUUAUUUAAGACAAUUCCGCUCCAAAUAUGCUUUUACAGAGUAUCAUGUAUCUUAUUGUUAGGCGAAAAUUAGAAACGUAACAAAAUAAAAUAUUUGUUGUACAGCUUUUCCGAAGAUAGAGAUUUAUCAUCAGAUUAAUAUUUUUUAAGAUUUAUUAUAUUUUUAUAAAAAUAUUGGUAGCCUUAGAAGAAUAUAUGCUUUAUAUAUGUUUAUUGAAUGCAGAACACUUUGUUAUUCAUUCUAUUUACUUAAUGCAUAAGAAAUAAGAAAUAUAUAUAUAUAAAUUUGAA